UUUAAAUACUCUCCAGUUAAACUCUGUAUUUUCUGGAUUUGUCUUUAUUAUUUCAGAUAAGGUCUGAAAAGUAUGAUGUGGAUUUUUUUAAACACCAAAAAAUAUCAUCCCCCCCUUUUUGUGUUAAGAAAUGUAAACAGUGUUCACUUCAGAAAGUAUAGCAUAAAGAGGAGAGUAAAAAAAUCAUAUAUAAUGCCAUCAUUCAGAGAAAACAUAGCUGGUAACAUUUUGGUGUAUUUCCUUUCUCUCUCUCCCUCUGUCUCUCUCUCUCUGUAUGUACAUACAUACACACAGACACAUAUAUACAUGUGCACAGACACACAUAUAAACACACUCACACACAUACACAUACACAAAGAUGUAUAUAUAUAUCUUUAUAUGUGUAUGUGGAUAUAUAUGGCAAUGAUGGAGUCAUAAUUUUUUGUACCUUUGAAGUUGUCCCUAUAUGGUUAACAUUUCCUAUGUCAUUCUUCUGGAACAGUGGCUCUUAACCUUUGCUGAACAUUAGGAUCAUCUGAGGGAGCUUUCAAAGUUCAUAAUGCCCUGGCUGCAUGCCAGAACUAUUCAAUCAAAAUUCCCAAACGUCAGUGUUUUCUAAAACUCUCCAGGUGAUUGCCGUAUGCACCAAAGAUUGAGAACCGCUAGUAUAGAAUGUAAUUUUUAAUGGCAUUUUAGUAUUCCAUUGUAUGAGCUCAGUGAAACUUAUUUAAUUAAACCCUUCUUAUUGACAUUUAGAUUUCCCGUUUUUCACUAUUAUAAACAAAGGUGGCAAAUGUCCUUGUAACGACAUUUUUGUUCAUAUCUGUGUUUACUUUCCUAGUAUAUAGUUACUGUUACAAUGUUACUGGUAACACAAUAUGCAAAAGGCUAGGAGUUUGAUUGCUUUUUGCCAUGGUGGAGGUUAUAAUUUUGAUUUGUCCUCUUAGUAUGUUUUGUAUGUCUAUUAUUUAUUAAUUAUUGUUAUACUGAACUAUUUAUUAAAUAACAACUAAUGAGCCAAGAGUUGUACUAAAUGAGUUUCAGGUGUCACUCAGGCCAAAGUCACUGUCCAUGGGGAUAUGGUCUAGGGACGGGUACCCCAACCUUGCAUUAUUGACAUUUAAGGCCAGAUAAUUCUUUGUUUUGGGAGGCUGUCCUGUGGAUUGUGAGUUGUUAAGCAGAAUUUCUGGCCCUACCUACUCUAUGCUAGCAGCACCUAUCAUUCCAAUUGUGACAACUAAAAAAUGACUCUAGAUAUUGCCAAAUGUCUGUCCCCUGGGGGUAACCCCCCCCACCCGCCACUGGUCUAGUGCAGGGGUCAGCAAACUGUGGCCUGUGUCGGGGCCAUAUUUGCCCACACCCAUUCAUUUGUGUAUUGUCUAUGGCUGGUAUAACCACAGAAUUGAGUACUUACAACAGAGACCGUAUGGCCCACGAAUAGAAAAUCUUUACUGUCUGGCUCUUAACAGAAAAGGCUUGCUGAACAUAAGGUCUGGUGCACAGAAAGUGACUUGUAAAUAGUUAAAAUUCUUUGGGAUAAGUAUUCUGAUAAACUCAUAUAUAAAGUAGUAGGAGUGAGGAGAGAGGGAACCAGUCUUAGGUUGGCACUAAGACUAACUAAUGCCUUGAAAAAAUUGGGAAAGGAGGUAACACAAAUUAGAUCUUGAAAAUCAUAGAGAAAAUGGGGGACUUUUUCUAGGCAGAGGGCAGUUAUGUGCAAAGGCAGUGGCAUAUUCAGGUAACAGUAUUGUGCGUCUACUGCAUAUCACUUGAGCACUGACAAGGAGCUCAGGAAAUGGGUCUACAGUGAUAAAUUAGGACCAAAUUAUAAAUGAGGUCUAAAUUCUGUGUUAAGGAGUUUGGAUUUAUCUGUGAGCAAAUGGGAACCCAUCAACCUUUUAGACAGGGGAGUGAUAAUUGGCUUGUGUUUUGAAAGAGUUUUCCAUAUGGUACUACUUUUAUGUUACCUUCUUUUGCAAUUUCCCUGAUUGUCUAUUGAAAUCUGCCCUGUCAACCUAAGACGGGGUUUUCCAUUAUUGUAUUAUGUAUCACAUUCUUCUUGGCUGUGAGCUCCUUGAGUCUAUAAUUCUGUGUCUACCUAGCCUUGGUGGUGCAGUGGUUAAGAGCUAUGACUGCUGACCAAAAGGUCCACAGUUCGAAUCCACCAGCUUAUCCUUGGAAACCCUAUGGGGCAGUUCUACUGUGUCCUAAAAGGUCACUUGCUAUGAGUUGGAACUGACUCAAUGGCAUCUAACAACAACACCUGGCAUGUAGUGUACUCAAUGAAUGCUUGUUGAAUGAGUGUAGACAUUACUCACAUGGUCUUAAAACUAUUUUUUUGCUCAUAUGCCCAGUGUUGGUCUGGUGAAUGUUUAAUAACCAGCUCUUGGGGUGAGGGAGAACCCUGAUAAAUACAUAGUGUUUGCUGAUUUCUGUGGUAUAAAUAUGCCACCCAUGGCCAACUUCAGACUACCAGUGGUUUAACAGCCAGCUUGCAAAAGCCCUGAAAAUUUAAAAAAUCAGCUCUGUGAGCCAGGUGCAAGCCACCUCCAGCAUAUCACAGCAGGUACUCGCAAAAUAAUGUAGAAAAGUGAGGUAACUUAAUUUCUCAUGUUUGUAGAUUGACAGGUAAAAUUUUCCAUUGUAAGUUUAAAUUCUGUAGUUACAAAGGAUUAUAUUCUGGUGUAUUUUAAGUAUUGACAUUUAAAAAUAAAACUUUCAAACCACUUUUCUAGAUCAGGAGUAGAAGAUGACUUCCCUAACCCAAAAAAGAGUAUCUGUAACAGACUUAGAGCAGGCACCAUCUUAAAUGGGGAAAUGUUGAAAGUAUUCUGUUUAAAAUCAAGAAUUAGAAAGAUAUGAUUACUAGAACCACUUCUAUUCGAAAUUGGAUUUUAUGAUCCUUGCCAGUGCAAUAAAGCAAGAAAAGCAAAUUAGAGGUGUAAGAAUUGGAAAGGAGGAAAUAAAAGUUCAUCGUUUAUAGAUGAUUGUUGGUGUAGAAAAAAAACAAAAGAAUUUACAGAUGAAUUAUUAGAAAUAAGGAAGAUAUUACCCAAAACCCAGUGCCGUCGAAUCGAUUCUGACUCAUAGCGACCCUGCAGGACAGAGUAGAACUGCCCCACAGAGCUUCCAAGGAGCGCCUGGCGGAUUCAAACUGCCCACCCUUUGGUUAGCAGCUGUAGCAUUUAACCACUGCGCCACCAGGGUUUCCAAGGAAGACAUUUAACAAUGUAGAUAUAUAUAAAACUAAUAUACAAAAAUCAGUUGCAUAUCUGUACACCAGCAGCAAAAAGCUAAUUAAGAAGAAGACUCCAUUUACAAUUUUAUUAGAGAAAAUAAAACAAUUAGAAAUAAAUUGAACAAAAGUUGUUCAAGACUUCUAAAGAAGAAUUAUAAAACUUUUUAAAACAAUAUUAAGAAGACCUAAAAAAUGGAGAAAUAUACUAUAUUUUUAGAAGGAAAACUUUGCAUUAUAAAAAUAUAAUUUCUCUUAGUCAACAUAUAGAUUCAAUGAAAUUCAAAUCAAAAUCCCACCAGAAUUUUUUAAAAUAAUUUUUAUUGUGCUUUAAGUGAAAGUUUACAAGUCAGUCUCUCACACAAAAACCCAUAUACACCUUGCUACACGCUCCCAAUUAUCCUCCCCCUAAUGAGACAGCCUGCUCUCUCCCUCCACUCUCUCUUUUCGUGUCCAUUGCACCAGCUUCUAACCCCCUCCACCCUCUCAUCUCCCCUCCAGGCAGGAGAUGCCAACUUAGUCUCAAGUGUCCACCUGAUCCAAGAAGCUCACUCCCCACCAGCAUCCCUCUCCAACCCGUUGUCUAGUCCAAUCCAUGUCUGAAGAGUUGGCUUCGGGAAUGGUUCCUGUCCGGGGCCAACAGGUCUAGGGGCCAUGACCACUGGGGCCCUUCCAGUCUCAGUCAGACCAUUAAGUCUGGUCUUAUGAGAAUUUGGGGUCUGCAUCCUACUGCUGUCCUGUUCCCUCAGGGGUUCUCUGUUGUGUUCCCUGUCAGGGCAGUCACCGGUUGUAACCAGGCACCAUCUAGUUCUUCUGUAGUCUCUGGUUCAUGUGGCCAUUUCUGUCUCUUAGGCUCGUAAUCGCCUUGCGUCCUUGGUGAAAAAUCCCACCAGAAUUUUUUAUGAAACUUAUUAGACGAUUCUAAAAUUUAUAUGGAAAGGAUGGGAAAGUAAAGGGCCAAAAAUAGCUAGGAUACUCAUGAAGAAUAUCAAAGAGGGAGAAUUUUCUCUAUCAGACAUCAGGAUUUAUUAUGAAGUUACAGUAAUUAAGACAAUGUGGUAUUGGCACAGGGAUAGAUUAAUUGACAAAUGGGAUAUAAUAUUAAUCAGAAGAAGAUCCACAUAUGUAUAGAAUUUUUAUGUGACAAAAGAGGCAUGGUUGAUCAGUGGGAUAGUAAUAGGGCUGGAGUAAAUAGCUACCCUUAUAGAAAUAGAGGAAAUUGGAUUCCUGCCUCACGCCAUGUGAAAAACUCAACUCCAAAUGAAUUAAGGACUUAAACAUCAAACAAAAUUUUAAAAUAUUUAGUAGAAAAUGUAGAUGAAUAUCUUUUAGAUCUAGGAGUAGGCAAAAUUUUCUGAGACACACACAUGCACACACAAACACUGAUUGAAAAGAUUGACGCAUUUGACUACUCUGUGGACCAUAACAAAUUAUGGGUAGCAUUGUGAAUGGGAAUUUGAGAACACUUACUUGUGCUCAUGUGUGACAUAUACAUGGAUCAGUCAUUCGAACAGAACAAGCGGAUGGUAAUGCAUGGUUUAAAAUUGGAGAAGGUGUGCAGCAAGCUUGUACCCUUUCACCUUAUUCAGUCUGUAUGCUAAACAAAUAAUCUGAGACACUGGACUCUAUGAAGGAAAACACAGCAUCAGGAUUGGAGGAAAACUUAACAACCUGCAGUGUGCAGAUGACAAAACCUUGUUUGCCAAAAAUGAAGAGGAUUUGAAACACUUACUGAUGAAGGUAAAAGACUACAGCCUUCUGUAUGGAUUAUGCUUGAAUGUGAAGUCAAUGAAAACCUUGACAACUGGUCCAAUAGGCAGCGUUAUGAUAAAUGGGGAAAAAUUUGAAGUUGUCAAUGAUUUCAUUCUACUUGGAUCAAUAGUCAAAGUCCAUGGAAGCAGCAAUCAAGAAAUCAAAUGACAAAUUGCAUUGGGCAAAUCUGCAAAAGACCUUAAAGUUUUCAAAACCAAAGAUGUCACUUUGAUGACUAAGGUGCUCCAGACCCAAGCCAUAGUCUUUUCAUUUACCUUCUAUGCAUGCAAAAGUUGGACAAUAAAAAAGGAAGACAGAAGAAGAAUUGAUGUGUUCAAAUCAUGGUUUUGGUGAAGAAUAUUGAAUAUACCAUGGACUGCCAGAAGAACAAACAAAUUGGUCUUAGAAGAAAAUACAAUCAGAAUACUCCUUAGAAGUGAAGAUGGUGAAACUCUGUCUUGCUUGCUUUGGAUACUUCGUCAGGAAAACUGUUGCUUUGGUAAAAUAAAGGGUCAGCAAAAAAUGAAGGAAACCCUAGAUGAGAUGGAUGGACACACAGUAGCCACAACGAUGGACCCAAACAUACCAGUGAUCACUAACAUGGCACAGGACUAGGCAAUGUUUCAUUCUGUUGUACAUAAGACCAUCAAGCAUUGGAGCCAACUUGACAGCAACUAACAACAAUAACGACAUAACCGAGAACUUUGGUUUAUCAAAAGACACGUUAAAGGACUUGAAAAGAUAAGUUAAAAACCAGGAGAAGAUAUUUGCAAAGCACACAACUGACAAAGGAUUAGAAUCAAGACUACGUAAAGAAUCCCUACAAAUCAAUUGAGCAGAGCACAGACAACCCCAUAGGAAAUGGGCAAGACAUGAAGAGAUAUAUCGAAGAAGAAAAAACAUAUAGGGCCAAUACACAUAUUCUUAAUGUUGACUAGCAGUAGUGAUCAGGGAAAUGCAAAUUAAGACCAUCAUUUGAUUGGCAAAAAUUAAAAAGUGUGACCCAGUUUCAAGGGUUGGAGAGAAUGGAGAAUCAACAAGAUUUCUUAUAUAUUUCUUAAAUGAUGUGAGUAUAAAUUGGUGCAACUGUUUUGGAAACAGCUUGGUGUUACUCCCUAAAACUGAAUAUUCGUAUACCCUAUGACCCAGCAAUUCCAAUCUUAGGUAUAUAUCCAAGAGAAACUCUUAUAUAUGAGACACGAACAAGAAUGUUCAUGGUAACUCUGUUGACCAUAGUAAAAAUCUGAAAUUAAGCCAAAUGAUCAGCAGUGGGAGAAUAGAUAAAUAAUGCAUGUGAUGUAGUCACACAAGAAAGUAUAACAAUUCAGACAAAGGAACUACAGUGAUGUGAAACAGUUUGGAUGAAUCUAAGCAAUAUAAUAUUAAGAAAAAAUAUAAUUACAAAAAGAUUACAUAAAACAAGACUCUUUUUAUAAAGUUAAAACCCAGGACACCAACAGAGAAACUUUUUAAGAAUGUGGGGCUGGGGGUGAGGGAUAAAAUAAAGCAAGGGAAUGAUAAGUACUGGAUUCAGCAUGAUGGUUACUUUGGGUAGGGAGAAGUAGGAGGAUGAGUAGUUGGUUUUGGACCAUACCAUAGGUUAGAUGUAGAUUAUUGUGAAGGUCUUUUGUUUUGGAUGACUGUUUUGUGGUGUUUAUUAAAUUAUUAAAAAUAAAUAAUUGAGUAAAUAAAUAAAACUGGGCUAGUAUGUACCAAUGAUAAGAGUGUGUCAUGAAAUAAGGAUUAUGAUUAAAAAAACUCUCUAUACCAGUGGCUCAAUAUGAAAAAAAUAUUAAAUAAAAACUAUUAUGUCCCUCAUCUAAUGUAUCAGAUGGUGCUCUGGUGGCGAAGUGGUCAAGAGCUCAAUCUGCUAAUGAAACGGUCGGCAGUUCAAAUCCACCAGCCACUCUUGGAAACCCUAUGAGGCAGUUCUACUCUGUCCUGUAGGAUUGCUAUGAAUCAGAAUCGACUCCAUGGUGCACAACAACAGUGUAACUCAUAGAGUUUAAAUACCACAGUGGUUUGAUACCAACUGUCAUCCUUUUCAAAACUGAACAGUUUAUUCUUUAGCAAUCAGAAAUUUUACAUACGCCUUUUUCUAUAAAGUUAUACAUCCAUUCCACUUUCAUCGCAGAACUUUAUCCUAAUGCGGUUGAUCAAAACAGAAAAAUGACGUAUUCUGAUAAUUAUCAACUAUAAACUAAUAUUAGAAACUUUUAAUGAGUAUAGUGGGCUGAUGUUAUUUAUGAUGCCUUGGUUAAAGCAAUUGUUGAAUUAUCCUUGUUUCUCUUUCCUCCUCCUUUGUUUUUAAGCUUUUAUCCUUUGGAGCAGUGCCUCAUAGGAAGAUGGAUGAAGCUUAGCCUGUAUCUUGUAAAAUGGGAGAAAGGAGAUUGUAAAAGGAAAAAUGGGGAUGGGAGACCCCCACCACAGCCAUGUUUUCUUGCAGAUCAGUCUUAGGAAGAGUACAUAUGGGACUUGAGGAUCUGGAAAGUGAUUCUUUUAAGACUGUCCAUGUCAGUAACCCCAGAGGGCUUCCCUGUUUUGAUGACCUCUAACCUCUAAAAUUUGCAUCCCCAGGAUGAUCAUGGAGUGAAGGAAGCAAAUAUGAGAAUACAUAUGUACUUGUGUCGGGGUGUGUAUGUAUAGCCCUCUCUCUAUAUGUAUAUAUUCUCUCUCUAUAUGUGUGUAUGUAUAAAUGUGCAAUUCUUUUUACAUUUUUAUAUCUUUUAAAAUUAUCAUUUUGUGUGAUUUAAAUGUACAUAAAUAUUAACACAUAUAUCCUUUACAAACAAACAAAUAUACAUUUAUUGGGACAUGUAGUAAAAAUUUAACUAUUUAUUUUGAAAUAAUUUUAGUUAGGAAAAUGCUGCAAGAAUAGCACAAACAAUUACCAUAUACCUGGAUUUCCUAAAUGUUAGCAUUUUACCACAGUUGUUUUCUCAUUCUCUCUCAUAUAAAUAGUAUUAUUUUUUUCUGAGUUGAAGUAUUUACCCACUAAAUACUUCUCAGUAUAUAUCCUAAAAUUCAGAAUAUUCUGUUACAUAACUACAGUACAGUCAGGAAAUUAAUGUUGAUAAUUAUAGAUCGUAUUUAAAUUCAUCAGUUACCCCAAGUGUCAUUUGCUGCCAGGCCCAGUAUCUAAUCAGGGAUCAUGUGUUGCAUUUAGUUAUCCUGACUCUUUACUCUCCUCUAACUUGGAACGGUUUCUGAGUCUUUCUUUGUCUUUCAUGAUCUUGACAUUUUAAAGAAUGUAGCUCAGUUACAUACAUUAGAAUAUGUGGUCAAAUAUUUUUACAGAUACAGUAAGUGAAUAAAAUAUCACUACAAUAGAGUUUCUUAACUAGGAUAUGCCUCAGAAUCCCCUGGGAACUUAAACAAUAUAUACAUGCACUGGCUUUAUGCAGGAAAAUUCUCAUUAGCCCGUCUGAUUGAGCAGUAGUACUGAACUCUGGGAUUUCUGUUGAAAAAGAGAGGCCAGUUACCUAUGUUAAUUUUCAGGAGGGAGGAGCACUCUUUUACUUUCUUUUUAUUUCUGUCAUUAGUCCUCGUUCACUUUUGAAAACUGUUUAAAGUCAUAAUUAGAAAGUUUCCUCUGUUCUUCACAAGCUUGAGACCAGAAAGUCUUUCAGUGACGUAUACUAAUUAUCAUAUUUUUGGUGUAUAAGUGAAACACUGCAUAUGUAUUUUUUCACGUAUUCCCCUAAACUUGGCCUUGGACCACAUUCAUUCUAUCAAAACAAAUAUGGAAGGGAUGGGAGGAAGAAACAAAAGAGGGAAGGACACAGAGAAAGAACAAGGAAAUGUUAUUUGUUACAUAGGGAGAAGUCAAGAAUUGACAAUAGUGAUUGAACCAGGGUAUUCAAAAUGAUUGCUGUGUGAUUUUUGUUUUAAAAACCAAUCCUAAUAGCAGUGAAAUCGGGGAUGAAGGUAAUUGAAAUUUAUGGAAACAUGAAUUUAAUUAGAUUUGCGGAUUUUGCAGAAUAUUUAAAUGGUGUCAAGGUUAAGCUUAAUGUUCCUAUAUUCAUUGGUCGAAUAUUGAGGAUAGAGCUGAUUGGAAUGAAGAUGUAUGUAUAUCCCCUUCUUUGCAUGGGAAGAGAAAAAUAUUGGAAGAGAGCAAAGCUAACAAAGUUCCUGCAAACGCAUCAUCUUUUCUCUAAGAGUGGAAUUAAUUUCUAAGGAGCUGGCAACACAAAUGACUGGAAAAUAAAGACAGGAGAUAGCUGUUGUGUGCUGUUGAGUCAAUUCUGACUCAUAGUGAUUCUAUAGGACAGAGUAGAACUGCCCCAUUGGCUUUCCUACGCCAUAAACCUUUACAGGAGCAGACCAUCAGGUCUUUUCUCCCAUAGAAUGGCUGGUGGGUUCCAAUCACAGACUGUUUGGUUAGCAGCUGAGCUCUUAACCAUUGUGCAGUGUUCAGAAUUGCUCUAGGAAGAGGAAUAAGGGGUGGAAAAAGUUGAGGAAACUUAUUUGAGGUGCUUGAUUGGAAUGUUGAUUUGUCUAUAUCCAUCCAGUUUUCAAAGGAAUUGAUUGAAGAGCAGCUUGUUUUUUUUUAAUGUACUUUAGAUGAAAGAUUAUAGAGCAAACUUGCUUCUCAUUAAACAAUUAAUAUACAUAUUAUUUUAUGACAUUGGUUGCUAACCCCAUGACCUGUCAACACUCUCACUUUCCCAGUACCAGCUUUCUUGGUCCCUUUUGCCUUCUCAUCCUUUUCCCUGGACUGGUGUACCGAUUUAGUCUCAUUUUGUUUUAUGGGCCUGUCUGACCUUUGGCUGAAGGGUGAACCUCAGGAGUGACUUCAUUAUUGAGCUAAGAGUAUGCCCCAGGAGGGCAUCCUCUUGGAGUUUCUCCAGUCUUUGUCACACCAGAAAGUCUGGUCUUUUUUUUUUUUUGAGUUAGAAUUUUGUUCUACAUUUUUCUCCAGCUCUGUCCAGGACCCUCUAUUGUGAUCCCUGUCAGAGCAUUCAGUGGUUGCUGAGCACCAUCUAGUUUUGCUGGACUUGGUCUGGUGGAGGCUGUAGUACUUGGACUAAUCUUUCCCUUGUGUCUUUGUUUUUCUUCAUUCUCCCUUGCUCCAGACGGGGUGGGACCAUUGGGAUAUUUUAGGUGGUUGUUCACUAGCUUUUAAGACUCCAGACGCUAGUCACCAAAGUAGAAUGUAGAACAUUUUCUUUAUAAACUAUGUUAUGCCAGUUGAGCUAGAUGUUCCUUUAGACCAUGGUCCCCACAGCCCUCAGCCCAGUAAUUUGGUCCUUCAGGGAGUUUGGAUAUGUCUAUGGAGCGUCCAUGAUCUUGUGUUGUACAAGUUGUGCUGGCUUCCCCAGUAUUGUAUACUGUCUUACCUUUCACUAAGGUUAUCACUUAUCUAUUGUCUGUUGUUGUUGUUAGGUGCCAUCCAGUCAGCUCCAACUCAUAGAGACCAUGUGCACAACAGAACAAAACAUUGCCGGGUCCUGCGUCAUGCUCACAACCAUUGUUAUGCUUGAGCCCAUUGUUGCAGCCACUGUGUCAAUCCAUCUCAUUGAGGGUCUUCCUUUUUUCUGCUGACCCUCUACUUUACCAAGCCUGAUGUCCUUCCCCAGGGACUGAUCCCUCCUGACAGCAUGUCCAAAGUAUGUAAGACACAGUCUUGCCAUCCUUGCUUCUAAGGAGCAUUCUGAUUGUACUUCUUCCAAGACAGAUUUGUUCAUUCUUUUGGCAGUCCAUGGUAUAUUCAAUAUUCUUCGCCAUCACCACAGUUCAAAGUUGUCACUUCUUAUUCAGUCUUCCGUAUUCAUUGUCCAGCUUUCCCGUGCAUAUGAUGCGACUGAAAAUACCAUGGCUUGGAUCAGGCACACCUUAGUCCUCAAGGUGACAUCUAUGUAUUUCAACACUUUAAAGAGAUCCUUUGUGCCAGAUUGGCCCAAUGCAAUGCGUCUUUUGAUUUUUUGACUGCUGCUUCGAUGGCUAUUGAUUGUGGAUCCAAGUAAAAUGAAAUCCUUGACAACUUCAGUCUUUUCUCAGUUUAUCAUGAUGUUGCUUCUCAGUUGAGUUGUGAGGAUUUUUGUUUUGUUUUGUUGAAGUGUAAUCUAUACUGAAGCUUUGGCCUUUUUGUCUUUAUCAGUAAGUGCUUCAAGUCCUCUUCACUUUUAGCAAGCAAGGUUGUGUCAUCUGCAUAAAGCAGGUAGUUAAUGAGUCUUCCUCCAACCCUGAUGCCCCAUUCUUCUUCAUACAGUCCAGUUUCUCAAAUUAUUUGCUCAGCAUACAGAUUGAAUAGGUAUGGUGAAAGGAUACAACCCUGACACAUACCUUUCCUGACUUUAAACCACUCAGUAUCCCCUUGUUCUGUUCAAACAACUGCCUCUUAAUCUAUAUACAGGUUCCUCAUGAGCACAAUUAAGUGCUCUGGAAUUCCCAUUCUUCACAAUGUUAUCCACGAUUUGUUAUGAUCCACACAGUCAAAUGCCUUUGCAUAGUCAAUAAAACACAGGUAAACAUCCUUCUGGUAUUCUCUUCUUUCAGUCAGGAUCCAUCUAAUAUCAGCAGGAAUAUCCCUGGUUCCAUGUCCUAUUCUGAAUCUGGCCUGAAUUUCUGGCAGUUCCCUGUCGAUAUACUGCCGGAGCUGCUUUUGAAUGAUCUUCAGCAAAAUUUUGCCUGCGUGUGAUAUUAAUGAUAUUGUUUGAUAAUUUCUGCAUUUGGUUGGAUCACCUUUCUUGGGAAUGGGUGUAAAUAUGGAUCUCUUCUAGUCGGUUGGCCAGGCAGCUGUCUUCAAGAUUUCUUGGCAUAGACAAGUGAGCACUUCCAGCUCUGCACCUGUUUGUUGAAACGUCUUGGUUGGUAUUCCGUUAAUUCCUGGAGCCUUGCUUUUCACCAGUGCCUUCAGUGCAGCUUGGACUUCUUCCUUCAGUACUAUCGGGUCCUGAUCAUGUGUUACUUCCAGAAAUGACUGAACUUUGACCAAUUCUUUUUGGUUUAGUGACUCUGUAUCCUUCCAUCUUCUUUUGAUGCUUCGUACGUAGUUUAAUAUUUCCCCCAUAGAAUCCUUCAGUAUUGCAACUUGAGUCUUGAAUUUUUUCUUCAAUUCUUUCAGCUUGAGAAAUGCUGAGCGGGUUCUCCUCUCUUGGUUUUCUAUCUCCAGCUCUUUGCACGUGUCAUUAUAAUACUUUGUGUUCUCUAGUCACCGUUUGAAAUCUCCUGUUCACUUCUUUUACUUCAUCAUUUCUUCCUUUUGCUUUAGCGGCCCAGCGUUCAAAGGCAAGUUUCAAGAGUCUCUUCUGACAUCGAUUUUGGUAUUUUCUUUCUUUCCUGUCUUUUUAAUGACCUCUUGCUUUCUCCACGUAUGAUGUUCUUGAUAUCAUUCCACAACUCGUCUGGUCUUUGGUCAUUAGUGUUUAACACGUUCGUGAGUUUUUACUUCUCAUACGAUAUUUGUCCUGUGCUUGACUUAUUUCACUCAGCAUAAUGCCCUCCAGAUUCAUCCAUGUUGUGAGAUACUUUGCAGAUUCAUCAUUGUUCUUUAUUGUUGUGUCAUAUUCCAUUGUGUGUAUGUAUGUACCAUAGUUUGUUUAUCCAUUCAUCUGUUGGUGAGCAUCUAGGUUGUUUCUCUCUUUUUGCUAUUGUGAACAAUGCUGCAAUGAACGUGGGUGUGCAUAUGUCUAUUUGUGUGAAGGCUAAAGAGCAAAGUUUUGAUCUGAGAUUUAAAACUUGGUCUUUGACCUAUCUGAACUCUUACUUUGAUUUAGUUUGCAAGUACGAACAUGCUUUUUAAAGAUAAUAGGUGAUUAGGAUAAUUACCCUGUUUUGUCCCAGUUUGCAAGUAUUUUUAGGCUAUCAUGGGUUUGUAGCACACAUCUCUUAAUUAACACCCAUAUGGAGAAUACAUAAUGAGUGGGUAUAUAUAAUGCAAGAAACUGGUGGUGCAGUGGUUAAGGGCUCAGCGGCUAACCAAAAGGUCAGUGGUUCAAACCUACCAGCUACUCUGCGGGAGAAAGAUGUCUGCUUCUGUGAAGACUGCAGCCUUGGAAACGGUAUUGGGCAGUUCUACCCCAUCGUAUAGGGUCGCUGUGAGUCAGAAUCCACUGAACAGCAACGGUUAUAUAUAAUGCACUGGUUGUAGCACCUCUUCUCUAAAGAUCCAAAAACCUUGCCCUGAAUUUUAAAACUAUACACUUUUACAGAGGAAGCAUGGUGGCAGAGAAAGCAGAAGAUUUUCAGUUCUAGGUCCUAUACUUGUAACUUCGGUUGAUUCACUGUGUAUCUCAGUUACUUAAUUGAAAAUUGGGAAAAUAGCAAAUAAGUCUUUAAUUGUCUGAAGGGAAAAAGAAUGCUUUUGAUUUGCUCUGGGAUCUAUUAUGAUAUAUUAAAAAUAUUAUGUAAUAAAUAGGAAGGAAAGAAAAAUAGAAGAGGGCCCCCUUUGGGAAUACAGUCAGGAGAACAAAUCGCUGGUAGAAGAAUCACUUUAAUAAACAUAACUUUUACCCAUAUUAACUUGAAUGUCAUUUUUCUCUUUUAGUUAACUCUGUAGGUUCACUUUAAGAAAGGCUGCUAAGUGAGAAAUAAAAUACAUAGCAAAGUUAUUAAAUAUUAUUUGAGCAAUUCUUGCAACUUGGCUGUUAAAAAUCAUGACAGAAGCAGUACUUCAUUUGAAAUUUUCUGAUCUCUGCCUCUGAUGGUGAGACCAAAGACUUUACAAACUAGUUUUGGGAUUUCUAGUGUGCAAUAUAAAUUUAGACUUCUGUUCAUGUUCUAGGAUGUCAGAGUUGUAUGUGUGAGGAGGAGGAAUUUAUAGGAUAUUUGUUAAGGCACCAUAUAUCUUUUAUGCAAAUCUGUAUGCUUGGAGUUAGCAAGAUAGAGAUUUUUAUUUUUAUCCACGUUUUAUUUUCUGUGUUUCAAAUAUGAGGUUUUUGAGAAAUUGGAAAAAGUAUUAAGGCUUGAGGCAGUGCAAAGUAUUUUGGUUGACUACUUCAGGGUAUGUUUCAGAAAAGUUGCACAUAGCAUCUGUGAUCCAUAUUGUAUGAGAAUUUAUAGCAUAGCGCUUUAUUUCUCCUGUCAUGACUUAUAUGAGAAAAUGUUUUCACUGUGCUUCAUGAUUUAUGGAAGAUUACCCGUGUUUUGUUUAUAACUAGUUAAUGCAUUGCAAAGUGAUACAUUUUGGACCUUGAGAAUGGUGUUUUUCAUGUGCUGAAAUCACUUUGAAUUCAUCAUUUCAAGAAGAUACAGCCUAUCCUUUCGUUGUUUCUUAUUAACUGCUUCAGAGCCUGCAUGGAUAGCAAGGCACAGCAUUUAUUUCUUUGAAGUUGAACUGUGUUGGUGCUUGAGCUUUCUGAAAGCAGAAUUGCGGUGUGCUCUUGGUGAUGAAACCUGUUGGAUUUCUGGAGGAAGCAGCUGGAGUCUUUGGCUUGUUAACUAGCAAUGAUUCAAGUCUUGCAGAUUGUAAAGGAGCUGGUGACACCAUUAAGGCAGAAAGCAGCCACAGUGAAGGAAGAUUCAGACCAGGAUGUAGCACUCAAACUUGCCCAGGAACGAGCUGAAAUAGUUGCUAAAUAUGACAGAGGACGAGAAGGUGCAGAGAUUGAACCUUGGGAAGAUGCUGAUUACCUUGUUUACAAAGUCACGGAUAGAUUUGGCUUUUUACAUGAGGAGGAGCUCCCAUACCAUAAUGCAGCUGUGGAACGGCAAAAGGCUCUGGAAAUUGAAAGAACUACUAAAUGGCUGAAAAUGCUAAAAGGAUGGGAAAAGUACAAGAACACUGAAAAGUUUCACAGGAGAAUUUACAAAGGAAUUCCACUCCAGCUGAGAGGUGAAGUCUGGGCUUUACUUCUUGAGAUCCCUAAAAUGAAAGAAGAAACAAGAGACCUUUACAGUAGAUUAAAACACAAAGCACGAGGUUGUUCACCUGAUAUCAGACAAAUUGACCUUGAUGUCAACCGCACAUUUAGGGACCAUAUUAUGUUUAGAGACAGAUAUGGUGUCAAGCAACAAUCCUUAUUCCAUGUUCUUGCUGCAUAUUCUAUUUAUAAUACGGAAGUUGGAUACUGUCAGGGAAUGAGCCAGAUCACAGCUUUACUUCUUAUGUAUAUGAAUGAAGAAGAUGCCUUCUGGGCCCUGGUCAAACUGUUAUCAGGCCCCAAACAUGCCAUGCAUGGCUUUUUUGUCCAAGGUUUUCCUAAACUCUUGAGAUUCCAAGAACACCAUGAAAAAAUACUGAAUAAAUUUCUGUCCAAGCUUAAGCAACACUUGGAUUCUCAAGAAAUCUACACGAGUUUUUACACAAUGAAAUGGUUUUUUCAGUGUUUUCUUGAUCGCAUUCCAUUUACACUAAACCUAAGAAUAUGGGAUAUCUACAUUUUUGAAGGAGAUCGAGUUCUUACUGCUAUGUCUUAUACAAUCUUAAAAUUACACAAAAAACAUCUAAUGAAACUGUCUAUGGAGGAACUUGUAGAAUUUCUUCAAGAGACCCUGGCCAAGGAUUUUCUCUUUGAAGAUGAUUUUGUAAUCGAGCAACUUCAGAUUUCUAUGGCAGAACUAAAAAGAGCGAAAUUAGAUCUUCCAGAACCUGGUAAAGAGGAUGAAUAUCCCAAGAAACCUUUGGGGCAACUUCCACCUGAAACUCAGCCUGCUGGCGUUAAUCACCUGAGCAAUGGACAAAGAAGUGUUGGCAAGUCAAGUCCCCAUACAGGCAGCAGAAGAGAAAGUGGCACAUCUCCUCACAAAAAAUAUGAGCAUUCCCCUCGCCAUCAAGGUAGAGUUGGCACACCAGAAAGAGUAAAGCAGCCAAAGCAGAAACCUGUGAAUGAGGAUAGUAAAAAGCUUAAGAGUGAGGUAAAUUUUGAAGGAAAACUUCCAUCAGUUCCCCAAGGCAAUUCCAAGCAAUAUAUUAAUGCAACUGCUAAUCAAAAUAGCAAUGCUACUUCAAAUAUCAAAAAGGAAUUUGUGCGCAAAUGGAAUAAACCUUCGGAUACUUCAGCUGUUGAAAAAACUGCCAAAUAUGCCAUUGAAGGCAAAAGUAGAUCAACAAACCCCACACAUACAGCCACCAUCCCAAGUUCUACUGAUACUCGAAUAUCAAAUGUAAGGCAAAAGAUUAAGGUUUUGGAUGCUGAUGAAGGGAAACGCGGCUCCAAUGCCUCACAGUAUGACAAUGUAACUGGAGCUGAAAAUGAAAAUGGAGCUUCUGUUGAAGAGGCACUAGAAAGGGCUUAUUCUCAAAGUCCAAGGAAUCUUGUUUAUUCAAACAGUCCAAGAAAGUAUUCUGAGCCAAGUUCUAUUCCACCAAAAGUAGCAAACCAUUUCACUUUUAAAGUACAGCCUCCAAGUUAUGGAAGAUAUCCACCUCAGUUAGAUGGAGAAGAUCAUGGGACAAUACAUCCACCAUCCUAUAGUAAUCCCCCUGUUUACCACAGAAAUUCUCCAAAACACGUCCCUACUGCCAACAGCAGCACCGUGUCACCACAGCUUAGCCAUGGCACUCAAGUUAAUCCUUCCAGGAUACCUCAUGGCUCUACUGUCUCUUUAGAUACCUCUCCAGAGAGAUCCUACAGUCGCCGCCCAGUUCCCCUUGUACUCCCAUCGAGUCGGAUAGAAGUUCUUCCUGUUGAUAUUCGUGCUGGGGGAUAUUCACAGUCACCAAACGGUGGAAAAUUUGUCAUUCCUCCCGUGGAUUAUCUGCCAGAUAACAGAAAACGGCCAGAAGCUAGUUGCUCAUACAGACCUGAGACACAGGAACAGUCACGGCAUCGAGAUGCUCAUUGCAGCCAUUUAAGCAAUUUACCAAAAUAUUCAGCCUUUCAACACGUAACCUUUCAGGACCAUAACCUCCCAGCCGUUUCAGUGGAUAGUCCUGUGCGGUAUAGAACUUCGCCAGCUUUAGAGGAUGCCAGUUCAUCUCGGUUUCAAUAUUCAGGGCCCUCGCCUCCAGCAUAUCACUACAGAAAUUGGGAUAGACCAUCUAUUCAAGAAUCGGUAUUGCUGUGAGAAUCUUAUCUAUACUUGCUAAAGACACUAGAACAGAAACCAUAUGAAACCUACAUUGCUAUGUUUAUAAUUGCCAAAGCAGUAUUUUAUACAAUUGUAAACAACUCACACAAUUAUCAUGUAUGUUAGUAAUAAGAAUAUAUGGAAAUAUUUUCAUCCCGUGUAGAUGCUGCUUUGGGUGAACAUUAUAAAUUGCAUCAUCACUGAACGUGUUAAAAAGAAUUUAACAUGGAGACAUAGCAAUAGCGCUUAGGGAUGCACGCUUAAUAAUUCAUUACUCAGUUUCAUUUCUAUCUUUCUCCAAAACCUGACCAUUUUUACUUUUUCGGCCCAUUCUAUUUUGAGAAUGUUACAAAGCACAGAAAAACUGUGUGGAAUAGAUUUUUCUAAGGCUACAUGUAGCAUAAAAUAUGUGUCCUUUAAUAGGUAAUUAAGAAAGUGUUAAAACAACUACUUUUAAUCUAGAUCCACAGAAUAAUUUGAUUUCUUACCUUCCUAAGCUUGUCUUUUAGUCAAGUUAUUUUUCCCUCUCGUAUUUUUAACCCAGGCCCUAAAACUGACUAAAGAGAUUUCCCUGGCUUUAUUAAUUCAACAUCUCACAGGACAGUCAUCAUUCUCCUUCAAUUGCUGCCAUUUUCUUUGAAUAUGAAAAUUAAAGACAUUGGCGGAAAAGGCUAACCACUUAAUGGUGCUUAAAAAUCAGGGCAGUUGAAGUGAGUGUAUGGGCAAAGGUACAGCUCUCAUUGUGUCCAUUUGCACCGAGAUCAGCCUUGGUGCUCUCCAGCCCUUUGUUCUGGCCUGCCUCCUGCCUCCUGAAGAGCUGAGAGCAAAAUAGUCCUUGCCAGAUGCAGGGGAGAUGCUGCAAUACAGCUCUCCAGGAGUGCCAGCAGGAGAAGCUGCAAGCUACUGAUCAGCAAGUCCUCGCAUGGGGCAGCAGAAGAAAUUCCUUGGAAAUUCAUUUAUAAGGAGGAUUAACAGUAUGGUUACUUCUUACUUCUGCCCCUUAAAUUCACGCAGGUCCUCACCACAGAGGGAGGGCCCCAGGGUGGUCAUUUACACCAACUUUUUCUGGCACUCUUUCUUUGAAAAUGUAGCCAAUGGUUAUUGCUGCACUAUAAGGCCAUUAAGUUAUUGUGUAAAAUUGUAAAAAAUGAUCCCACCUAAUUAUUAAUAGGAAUCUAAGAUUUUGGUUUUUAAGAAAAAAUAGUGUGACUUUCACACUUUCUGAAAACCCUGUUUUGUUUUGUUUUUCAGUAAAAAAAAAAAUGCAGGUUCAUGGUAUAAAAAUUUAAAUAUCUUUAAAAAUAUUCUAUUACACUACAGUUACCCAAACUUUGACAAAAUUUGGGGCACUCCAAGAAAGUGUGGUUUUGUAUUUAAUUGGAGAGCUUACUUUCAACAUGUUGCUCAUAAUAGAGAGUAGAAAACCUAACAGUGAUGGCUCUUGUUGCAAGUUGGGGCUUUAAACUUUCAAGGUACAAAAGUUUGUCUUUUAAAAUGAAAGUAACAUUUGUUUAGCUAGUGAAUGUGACGAUAUUUUUUAUGUAUAUAAUGAGUCUAAUGUAAUUUUAAUCAACUUGGUAAUGAUGUGAUUAAAUGGCAAAACGAAUGCAGUGUAUUAGCAGCUAAGCACUACACUGAGGCUCAGACAAAAUCCUGGUAAUUAACAUCACUGGGCUCUUGAUUUAGAUCAUGUGGAAAUGUAGAAAUAAGUGUAUAUAAAAUUGUAGCUGAGGAUAUUAUUUUAAUUUUUAAAACCAUGAUUCUGUGAUUUAUAAUAAACCAAGCUGUACAAUUUAGUUUAUGAUCGCAGCAUCUGAGCAGCUCCAAAAUAUAUAUAUAUAUCUCAACAGUGGUAAAUUCUGUAGAUUUAUACAUAUAUAUAUAUAUACACACACACGCACACUAUUUUCUUAUGGUCAUCUAUGACAUUUUUUAUCUGUAUACUUUUUUGGAUGUCAUUGUUUUUAACAUGCUGAAAGUAAUAAGUAUAUUUUGUUUUUGUGUCUUUUAUGUGCAUUUUUUUUUUCUUGUGGCAAAAGUGCUGCAUCUCUGAUGCUUCCGCGGCUGUUCUCUUCUAAUUGAGUAGAUAUUGCCCAGUGUUCGUUUACAUUACUUUAUAGUAUAUCACAAUUCUAUGUUACAUGCUUUACUAAUUUCUGGUAAUACCAUAUUUAGAACUGCAUCCAUUUUCCUUUAUGUUAUUUACUAUGCCAUCAUUAAUAGCAAUAAGGUAGUGUUUCUAGCCUUCUCCAUUAUAAAGUGGUGUUCUCUAUUUUUUUAAGUAGGAAAUUUUAAUUUGAAGUUAUUAUGCCGUCAUACAGUUUUACCUUUUCAGAUUUAUCUUUCAAUAAUUAACAGAUGAAAAAAAUAUUGGUAAAGUGGGUCAAAAUAUAUUUAUGAAACAUUUGGUAAGGAUUUUUAUGCUAUGAAGACUGUUUUACUCUAAUUGCAUAUGCAUGGUUUAGAUAUUUUGCCAUUGUUAAGUCUUUUCUUCAUGGCAGUUUGGCUUAAUUUAACAAGCACUUUGGUGCAGUUUUUAUUUAUUUUCUUAAAUUUGGUGUGAAAAGUUAAAGAAACUAGACCCAGGGUCUCAAAGGUUUUUGUGUGUUUGUUUAAUAAUUAUGGUGUUUUAGAUGAAAGUUUACACUGCAUGUUAGGUUCCCCAUCAACAAUUCUUAUACAAAUUGUUCCGUGGCAUUGCUCACAAUUUUUACAAUGUGUCAGUGUUCUUAUUAUUUCCAUUCUGUUUCUUCUGUUUCCAUGGAUCUAGCCUCCCUUCCUCUCCUUGCUGUCUCUUCUUUGCUUUUGGGUAAAGGUUGACUGUUUGGUCUCGUAUAGUCAAUUAUUUAAGAGCACACAUUACCCAUGGAUAAUAUUGUCAAUUUUGUAAGCUAUUAUUUGACUGAAAGUUAACCUGCAGAAACAGUUUCAAUUCCAAGUCAAAGGGUAUCUUAGGGCAGUAGUCUUGGGAGUUCCUCUAGUCUCUAUCAGUCUAGUAAGUCUGGCCUUUGUUAGGAAUUUGAGUUUUAUUCUACAUUUUUCUCUCAUUCUACCCGGGACCCUUUUGUAUCCCUGGUCAGAAUGGCUGGUAGUGGUAACCGGACACCAUCUAGUUCUGGUCUCAGGUUUGAAGAGGUUGUGGUUCAUGUGGCUUAUUAGUUCCAUGGACUAGUUUCUUCUUUGAGCCUUUAGUUUCCUUCAUUGUCUUUUGCUCCACAUGAGUAGAGACCAGUAGUUGUAUCUUAGAUGACCUCUCGCAAGCUGUUAAGACCCCAGGCACUACUCAUGAAACUCGGAUGUAGAACAUUAUCUUUGUGAACUAUGUUAUGCUAGUUGACUAAAUUGUCCCCUGAGGCUCGAGUCCCAAGACUUUUAACCCAGUAAACCAAUCCUGUGAGUUAUUUGGAUAUGUUUAGGAAGCCUCUGUAACUGUGCCCCCUGUGUGGUUUGUUAUUCGUGUGGAUAUAUAUACAGCACACACAGAUGUGUGUAUACGUAUGCCUAAAGAUAGAUCUGCCAUGCACGUGUUUUUACUUGCAUAUGCUCUCCUAUACACAUAAAUACAUCCGUAUCUACCUGUGUAACCACACACAUAUUUUUUGGUUUUUACUGUUGCAAAAAUUUACCAAAAUUGCCCUUUUUCUUGUGUACUUCUUACUGUCUUUAUUUACCUUGGUCAAGUUGUGCUGACUUCGCGCAUAUUUGAGAUUACUUUUCCCAUCAGCAAAAGUAACAAAAGUUUACUAUUUAGAAAGUGAUUCCCCCUUCCUCUCUCUCCCAUUCCUGGUAACCAUCGAAGAACUUAGCUUUCCGUAUGCAUAUCUGUUCUUGACUUUUUGUAAUAGUGGAACCAUAUAAUAUUUGCCUUUUUUGUGAUUGACUUAUUUCAUUCAGCGUUAUAUCCUUCAGGCACAUCCAUGUUGUAAGAUGUUUCGUGGACUCCUCGUUAUUCUUUAUACUUGCAUGGUAUUGCAUUGCGUGAACAUGCCACAAUUCGUUUAUCCAUUCAUCUGUCAAUGGGCACUUAAGUUUCCAUCUUUUUGCUUUUGUGAUUAUUCUUCAGUGAACAUAGGUGUGCAUAUGUCUGUUUGUGUCACUGCUCUUACAUCUCCAGGAUAUAAACCUAGGAGUGAGAUGGCUGGAUCAAAAGGUAUUUCUAUUUCUAGCUUUUUGAGGAAGUGCCAUACUGUUUUCCUUAGUGAUUACACCAUUUUGCAAUCCUACCAGCAAUGUAUAAGAGUUCCAGUCUCCCCACAAUCUCGCCAGCAUUUAUUGUUUUCUAUGUUUUUGAUCAUUGCCAUUUUUGCAGGGGUGAGAUGGUAUUGUAUGGCAGUUUUGAUUUGCAUCUUUCUAAUGGCAAAUGAUCGUGCUCAUCUUUUCAUGUAUUUGUUGGCUGCCUGAAUGUCCUCUUUGGUGAGGUAUCUGUUACUGUCCUUUGCCUGUUUUUUGAUUGGAUUAUCUUUUUGUUAUUGACUUGUUGAAGUUUCCUAUAUAUUUUAGAGUUUAGACCCUUAUCAGAUAUGUCAUUGCCAAAGAAGAUUUUUUUCCAGUCUAUAGGUUGUCUUUUUACUCUCUUGGUAAAGUCUUUUGAUGAACGUAAGUAUUUAAUUUUUAGGAGCUCCCAGCUAUUGAACUUAUCUUCUGUCAUUUGUGCAUUUUAGUUUUGUUUGAUAGACUAUGCUAAAAAUUAGGUCCCAUAGUUUUGACCCUAUGUUAUUGUCCAGGGACUUCAUAGUUUUUAGCAUUAACAUUUAAAUCUUUGAUCCAUUUUGAGUUAGUUUCUGUGUAUGGUGUGAGGUGGGGGUCCUGAUUCAUUUUCUGCAUAUAGGAUAUCCAGUUUUGCCAGCACCAAUUGUUAAAGAAACUGUUCCUUCCUGAUUGAGUGGACUUUGACCAUUUGUCUAAGAUCAGCUGCCUGUAGAUAGAUGGAUUUACUUCUGGUUCUCAGUUCUAUUCCAUUGGUCUACGUAACUGAACCAGUACCAGGCUCUUUUGAUUACCAUGGCUGCGUAGCAAGUUUUGAGAUAGGAAAGUGUGAUGCCACCUACUUUGUUCUUCUUCAGUAUUGCUUUAACUAUUCAGGGCCUCCUUCCUUUCCAUAUAAGGUUGGAAGAUUAAUUUUUCCAUUUCAUUAAAGAAUAUUGUUGGGAUUUGAGUUGGGAUUUCAUUAUAGAUUGCUUUCGGUACUAUUGACAUUUUCACAGAAUCAAGUCUUCCAGUCCAUGAGCAUGGGACGUUUUUCCAUUUAUGUAGAUUUCUUUUAGUUUCUUACAGUAGCAUUUUAUAGUUUUCCUUGUAUAUGUUUUUUAUGUACAUAUAAAACAUAUAUAUAUAUGUUUUAUGGUUAGGUUUACUCCUAGGUAUUUUAUCCUUUUGGGGGCUAUUGUAAAUAGUAUUGAUUUAUUGAUUUCCUUUUCAGAGUGCUUCUUGUUAGUGUAGAGGAACCCAACAGAUUUUUGUGCGUUAAUCUUCUACCCUGCCGUUUUGCUGAAUCUGUCUAUUAGUUUCAGUAACUUUCUUGUGGAGUCUCUGGGAUUUUCUUUGUAUAGGAUCAUGUCAUCUGUGAAUAAGGACAGUUUUACUUCUUCCUUUCUAAUUUGGAUUCCCUUUAUUUCCCUUUCUUGCCUUAUUGCUCUAGCUAGAACUUGAGUACAAUAUUGAAUAAGAGUGGUGAUAAAGGGUAUCCUUGUCUCAUUCCCUUUCUCAAGGGGAAUGCUCUCAGUCGUUCUCCAUUGAGAAUGAUGUUGGCUGCUGGUUUUGUAUAUAUGCCUUUAAUUAUGUUAAGGACUGUUCCUUCUAUUUUGCUGAGAGUUUUUAUCAGGAAAGGGUGUUGGAUUUUAUCAAAUGCCUUUUCUGCAUUGAUUGAGAUGAUCAUGUGAUUCUUUUCCUUUGUUUUAUUUAUGUGAUGAAUUACAUUGAUUGAUUUUCUUGUUGAACCAUCCUUGCAUCCCUUGUAUGAAUCCCACUUGUUCGUGAUGUAUUCUUUUGAUAUGCUGUUUAAUUCUGUUGGCUAGAAUUUUGUUAAGAAUUUUUACGUGUACAUUCAUGAGGGACGUAGGUCUGUAGUUUUCUUUUUAGUGGUGUUUUUGCCUGACUUUUGUUUCAGGGUUAUGCUGGCUUCACAGAAUGAAUUAGGAGUAUUAAUUUUCUAUAUUCUGGAAUAGUUUAAGUAGAAUUGGUGUCAUCUCUUCUCUGAAUGCUUGGUAGAAUUCUCCAAUGAAGCCGUCUGGGCCAGGACUUUUUUUUUUUUUUUAAUGUCUUCAAUUUCUAGAAAUAUGCCCAUUGUAGGUUUUCAAAUUUGUUGAAGUAUAAUUUUUCAUAAUAUUCUGUUAUGAUCCUUUUUAUCUAAGUUGGUCCUAUUGUAAUGUCACCCAUCUCAUUUCUCAUUUUGGUUUUUUGCAUCUUUUCAUUUUUUCUUCAUUUUGUCAGUUUGGCAAGUGGCUUGUCAAUUUUUUUGAUCCUUUCAAAGACCCAUCUUCUAGUCUUGUCGAUUCUGUUUUUCUGUUUUCUAUUUCAUUUAUUUCUGAUUUGAUCUUUAUUAUUUCCUUUUUUCUGAUGAUUAUGGACUUCUUUUGCUGCUCCUUUUCUAUUUGUUCAAGUUGUAGGACUAAGCUAUUUAUUUUGGCCCUUCUUUUUAUGUGUGCAUUUAUUGCUAUAAAUUCUCCUCUGAGCACUGUUUUCACUGUGUCCUAAAGGUUUGGGUAUGUUGUGUUUUCAUUCUCUUUUGACUCUAGGAAUCCUUUUUAAUUUCUUCUGUCAUCCAGUAGUUUUUAAGUAAGGUGUUAUUGAGUUUCCAUUUAUUUAAUUUUUUCCUGUUCUUUCUGUUAUUGAUUUAUAAUUCUAUAGCAUUAUGAUCAGAGAAGAUCAAUGAGUUUUAAAAUUUUGAGUCUUUCAGGUGCUUUUUUUUUUAUAGGGUUUUUUUUUUUUUUAAUAGGCAGCUUUUAAAAUUGGGAUAUAUAUGUAUAAAAUCAGAUAUCAAAAUAUCAAUGAUAGAAUGUUUCUUGAAAGAAUGAAGAUAGAUUUACUCAAUAGGAUAUUGCUAGAGAAGAACAAUAGAUGUUUAUAGGAUGUGAUUGUUUUAACUUUCUUUUUCCAUUUUCAGGUCCUAAUACUAAAUUUUACGUCAUACUCAAUGUAGCUUUAAACUCAACUUUCAAAGUAGGAGUCAUUGCAUAUCUCUCCCAAUACAAACACAAAAAUAAUGCCUAUUCAGUACUUGUCUAAGAUGGCUUUUUGUUUUCAUGGUUAGAGAAAAGUUUGUCAUAUACACAAAUGUGGAUUCAUUUACAGAGGACCUACAGCUCAGUCUUCUGGAAAUAUUGUUAUUAAUUAUCUUUGAGAAUCUCACCUUUAUUUUAGAAUAUAUUUGAUUAUGGUUUAUAAAGACUAUUGUAUUUGGAAGGGGAGUUGGUAUUGUCUUUUAAAUGUCUUUUUCUAAAAUGGAUAGUAAUGCUUAUUGAUCGGGAAGCUUUUAUAAAUGAAACUUUGCUUUUAUGAUGACCCAAGAUAUUGAGAAUAAGAGAUAGGAUUCCAUUUAACAUUUAUUUAUGGAUUUUACUUUCAGAAAAAAAUUUCAGUUAUCUAUAAGUCUGACAAUAACUGCCAUAAUUUUAUAGAUGAGAAAACUGAGAAAUAAAGGAGCUAACUUAAGAUUGUGUAAGAGUGAAUCUCAACCUUGGUGUUUAUUCUUUAGAAUUAUCUGGAGGACUUUAAAAAAAUUAUCUGCCUGGGUCACACCCAGACCACUUAAAUCAGAAUCUCUGGGGUAGAACCUAGAUAUCAGGUAAUUGUAUUAUUUUUUCCCCCUUAAAUUUCAGUCAGUUAGGCUCCUUUUUUUAACAAAUAAAUAAAUAAAUAAAUAAAAAGUCCUUAUUAUAUUCCCACUAUGGGCUGUCUCAAAGAUUCUUAACAGAUCAGAGUUUAGAAACCCUGAUAUUAAAAAGUUAGGGAAACUUCCACUGAAAAUAAUAACAUUGCUAGCCAUUUCUGUAAGUUUUGAUGAACUACUAACAGUCAUGGACAGUAUAAAUUGCUUCAAAUGGAAGGUGGCAUGACCCUGUACUUGAUCUCAUUUGCUGCUUACAAUAGUCCUUCAAUAUCGGUAGAGACAUAUUAAGAUUUCCAUUAUCUGUCUUUCAUUUACCUUAAGUGGCAUGCUAAAAAAAAAAAAAAGACCAUUUGGAGGC